AUGGAUAGUUACCGUUUAGAUGUCAAGAGUGGAAUAAGACAUUUAAAAUUAAAACUUCUAAACUACGAAGCUAUACUCCAAAAGUUAGCAGAAAUGAGAAGACUUUACCAGAGCUACUUACAUGUAAGGGACUUACCUUCAAGCAGUCCGACCAAAGAUGAAUUUUCUGACAUUGUCCCAAUUUUGUCCGAAAGUCAGCUCAGAUGUUUUGAACUGCUCCCAACAUAUCCAGAAUAUGAAAAUUUGCCUGAACUCUUCCGCAAUCUCAAAAAACGUUUUUUGGUUCUCAUGUUCCAAACUUUUAUCGGAAGAGACAACAAACGUUCAGAAGAAGAACAAGAUAUUAUUUUAAACUUGUUGUAUGACAUAACUGUCAUAACAAGCUUUUUGAAGUAA